CUUUCUCGCAUAGAUAUCCCGGGGCCCACGAAUUUCGCCACGGCGCGACGCGCAAUAAAUAUACUUAUAUUUAUAUACAUAUAUAAAUAAAUAUAAAGAUAUAUAGAUGUAAAGAGAGUAUUUAUAAACCAUACACUACCGUGGCCAGUCUUCUUCACGUUGUUAUCGCUAUUGCUAUUAAUUUAUGCUUAUUUCUGUAUUUUAUUUUUUUCCUUUUUUGAUCAAUGUUAUUGUGAUAAUUGUCACACGAUUAGGGAAGCACGCUGUCCGUGUCUGAUUCAACGGCACACAGCGCGAGACAACUUUCGCUUUGUCCCCCUCAGCGAAACUCUAUCGUUUACGUCAAGGAAUUUCGUUAUGCGAUUUGAUUCUCGAGCGCUGAAGACACUUCGUCAUAUACGAAGAACGCUGCAUCCGAGAAGAUAAAAGCACGAACUGCGACUCUAUUCGAGCGGGUUAAUCAGCCGGGGAGGUGGAGCAAGUUUGAAAGGUUAAGCGCCGCUCCGAACACUUGAACGUGCUCGUACAUCCUGCACUGAUAAGGACAACCGCACGUGUGCCAAACCAUAUCGCGACGUCAUCACGAGCCGCCUCGCACUGAAAAUACAGGAAAAAACAAGCAACAGCUAAGCUUUGGUUACCACCUACGUGUCUUCGCUGAUACGUUUGUCGAAUUGAAGAGAGGAUUGGAAACUCCUGAAGAAGAAUUUGGUAAUCGUGGCAGACAAAGUUACGUUUCGUAAAAGUCUCGGCUACUGCUUUCGAAAUUUGCUCCACACACCCUUGUGUCGGAAGCUGUUGUUUGUGGAGAAAAAGAAAACGGUGACGCGACCUCGCUGGUGCAGUUUCCUCGUACACGGUGCGUGAUCGGUGAAAUUAAUUUUAAAAAACACGCCGGAAUCGCCCGGAAAUAUCGACGGAAUUUAUCUCACAACGAAAAAUACAUUUUUCGUUGAAAAAGACGCGUAUAAUAAUUGUGAAAAAUUGAUUUAAUGGACAAAAUACGCCACGUUUUUGACCCACCUGUAUAUCGCUCAGGGACAUCUCCCGUAUCGCGAGAAUCGUACCCACCUCCCUCCCAACCCCUUCUUCCAAAUUCAAACCACGUGUCAAUCCUGUUUGCCCGCGAUUUUUCGACAAUAUAAACCACGAAUUCCCGCAAAGUGAUAGUCACGCGUACCGGCAACGACCCACCGAACGUCUAAUACCAUUUCAACGCACAUACGUAGACUCUCGCACAUAGAGGGAAAGACGAGUGUGUCUAUCUGUAGCCCGGAGACUCAUCUAGCCGAAACCAACCGAAAAAGAGAGAAAGAGAGAAAGAGCAACGAGCUAUCUCUUUCUCGCUCUUCUCGCCGAGGCCUUCCCCCGGCUCGUCUAACCUCGGGACUUUAGUCGACCGUCAACCCAGCAGCUUCAUAGUCGCGCUCCGUGUGGCUCGCACCAUCUAAACUCAAACCACCACCGUUCAUCACCAUCAUCAUAAUCAUCAUCAACAAUAAUAACAAAUCCCCUCUCAACCGGCAUAAAUUAUUUUUUUUUUAAAUUCUCCAUCAACGGUGUCAGCCCUGGCAGAGUUAUUACAUUUUCAAUUUGCCAUUCCCAUCUGAGACCUUUUAUUACGGCCAGUACUCGCUAAUACACCAGAUCCGCGCGAGAAACGUUUCAUCGUAAACUCUUCGGGCCUUUUGACCUCUUUUCCUUUGGUGAUAAAAUUCAAACCCGGAAACGAGUAACGAUUUAAGGUGAACAAACCGAAUAAGAACAUCAGGAUUAAUAAAAAUUAAACUGGAUUAUUAAUUGAGUAUUGAAACAGUGCGGUGAUAGCAGUGGAAAAAGUUUGAUUUUAUUAAAGAGUUAAUUCUUCGAGUGGAAUAUCACAACGCGUACAUUAUUUUCGACGUCAUAAUCGAGCUCUGAAAAUUUCUCCUCCGCAUCGUCGAGCUCGAGGGUGAUAAAUUUCGAGAUUCGUAAAGCCCGCCGAACCAGUAAGCGCCCUCUCGUACGAUAAAGGCGGAAUUGUUCUUCGUUCCUUCGCACCUUCGAUUCAAACGUCCGUGACCGCGAAACUCUUGUGAACGAGGAUUUUACGUUAUUUACCACAAUAAAACAACGCGGCAUAUCGGACGAACCGAAAAAGUUUCACGGCUCAGGUAUAUCGACGUAUACCUGAAGAGGACAAAUUUCAAAAGGUCUCCCGAAGCUUAGAGCACAGAGAGAGGGUCUCGACCGAAAUUUGAGGGGAAGGGACUACGAGAGAGGAAAAUAUAUUGAAAGGAAGAGAGGCCAAGACGACUAUUAACCAACCACUCUCGUUACUGUCGCCGAACGAAGAAGAGUUGUCCGUCGAGUUUGUUAUCCGUAAAAAGCGUGCUAAUUAUCUUGGGCAUUUCUAGCAUAGGACACUUCUGUUUUUUCAUUAUAACUCUCUUCGAUCUUAUUUCGUCAUUUAAAGUUUAUCUAUACAACAAACAUUUAAUCGUCGGAUACGUUCGAAGCUUACGCGGGUAAGAUAUUUCGCGAAUUUGGCUCGUGGACCCACCUUCCCAUCGUUACAAACCCCCUACCAACCCUCAUCCACCAUCGUGUUUAUACGCUCCUCGCCAUUUCAACGCUUUUUCUCUCCAAAUAUCUCUUCGUCCUUCUCUCCUUGUCCGUCUCUCUCUCUCUCUCUCUCUCUCUCCCCGUCACACGAGCACCGGGAGAGCAAUACUUCGGAAGAAAUUAUAAUCCAGUGUGUGCCAGUGUUUAACUCUACCUCAAUCAUUUAGCGGAAGCUAACGUGAAAUUAAGCUCCUUUAAGAACAAAAGUACCGAAGGAUUAUAUUUAGAAGAGAGAUAUUCUAUAUAUAUAUACACUCAUAUAUAUAUAUGAUACACACUCAACAAAUAUAUAUUAUAUAAACAUACGAGGAGACACACUUAUAUAUAAAUAUAUAUAAAUAAUAUUUAUUUAAUAUAAAUAUAAUAUUAAGAAGUGUGUGAAAACGUGCCGUCACUAUUCCGUGUACAUAAAAAGCAAAGCGCCAGUUUAGUUUUUCUCCCACUCGCAACCGCCCGUUAAUAAAAGUUCGUAAGUGAGUUUAGUGCGAUUUAAAAACGAGGAAGAAAUAACAAAUCAGAAUAAUGUCUCUGGAUAAAUUCAGCGAGGGUGGCAUGCUGCAAAAGGAGAUGGAACGUCUGGAUAUCGACGAUAAGAACGGCGAUGGUCAGAGCAGUGGGUCCGGAGGAAAAAUCCUCGUGAGCAAUCUGCCACUUCACACGAGAAUCGAAGACGUCGAGCCCCUGUUCUCGGCCUACGGACAGGUGCAGAACGUCGAGAAGGUAUCAUCCCGUGAUCUCACCACCCAGACCGUCCUCAUCAGUUAUGAAUCGCAGGAUCAGGCACAGCAAGUUGUGAACCAACUUGAUGGAUACCAGUACGAAGGUACCCACUUGAAAGUUGAAAUGUCGAGCGCGGAAAGUCGACGAAGGGCACGAAGCCAAAGGGCCGGAGGGGUCGCUUUCUCGGGUUUGCCUGGGUCGGGUCGUCAAACAGACUUUCCACUCCGUAUACUCGUUCAGUCGGAUAUGGUUGGUGCGAUAAUCGGACGCCAGGGCUCAACGAUACGUCAGAUAACGCAAAUGACACGAGCAAGAGUGGAUGUCCAUCGCAAGGAUAACGUCGGCUCGGUCGAGAAAGCCAUUACGAUCUAUGGAAAUCCGGAUAACUGCACCAACGCAUGUAAGAAAAUAUUGGAGGUUAUGCAGCAGGAAGCAAAUAAUACAAACAAAGGUGAAAUAACAUUGAAGAUCCUCGCUCACAACAAUCUCAUCGGUCGUAUAAUCGGCAAGGGUGGUAACACCAUCAAAAGAAUCAUGCAAGACACUGAUACGAAAAUCACUGUGAGCAGCAUCAACGACAUAAAUAGCUUCAAUCUUGAGCGCAUUAUUACGGUCAAGGGUACGAUCGACAACAUGAGCAAAGCAGAGUCAAUGAUCUCUAGUAAAUUGCGUCAAAGCUAUGAAAACGAUCUGCAGGCCAUGGCGCCUCAAAGCUUGAUGUUCCCUGGACUUCAUCCAAUGGCGAUGAUGUCAACCGCUGGAAUGGGUUACAGCUCGCGUGGCCCAGGCCUUUACGGCUCCGGUCCAGCGCCGUACGCAUUUCAGGGAAAUUUACCGGCGCAACAACACGCGACAGUUCCCGCUGACACUCAAGAGACAACGUUUUUGUACAUUCCUAAUAACAGCGUUGGCGCUAUUAUCGGGACCAAAGGAUCUCACAUAAGAAAUAUUAUAAGAUUCUCAGGCGCUAGCGUCAAGAUAGCCCCGCUCGAACAGGACAAACCGGCUGAUCAGCCAACCGAAAGAAAAGUCACCAUCGUCGGUUCUCCAGAGUCGCAAUGGAAGGCUCAGUAUCUGAUUUUCGAGAAAAUGCGCGAAGAGGGUUUCGUCGCUGGUACCGAAGACGUGCGAUUGACGAUCGAGAUUUUGGUGCCAAGUGCCCAAGUCGGCCGCAUUAUCGGUAAAGGAGGUCAAAAUGUGCGGGAGCUUCAACGUGUUACCGGAAGUGUAAUCAAACUUUCGGAACAACAAGCAACCCCACCGCCUGCUGACGAGGAAACAACCGUUCAUAUCAUCGGGCCUUUCUUCUCCGUUCAGUCAGCACAGCGUAGAAUUCGUGCAACGGUGAUGCAAUCGGGUGCUCCGGGUAGCGGAACUACGGGUGGUCCUGGUUCUCGCGCUGGACGCGGUAGUAGCCAGGAGGGUGGUUCACGUUCGCGAAGAGACGACAGCGCAACUUCCCAACAAGGUAGCACCCAAUCUCAAAUCCAGAGUUCGCAGCAGCAGUCGAGCUCAUCGCCAUCGAGCCAGCAGCAACAAACGAGCCAGCAGUCGCCGCAACAACAGUCGCCGCAACAGGCGAGCCAACCGCAGCAGCAACAACAGCUACAGCAGCAGAAUCAGUAACGUUGAUUAAAAGCAAACAAACAAAAAGUACCCGACGCCAUCGACCAAACCGCGGCUCACGAAUGGAUCCGUUUUAAUCGGCCGGUGUGGUAUCUCGUGGAUGCGACUUUUUCUUAUUUUCGAGGAGGCUAGAGGGCUAGAAGGGAAUGAAGAAACAAAAGUAAAAAAAAAAAGUGAAAAACAAUUGAAAAAAAAGCAAAAAAAAAACAAUGGGGCAACGAGAAAACGGUUACGAAGAAGCACGAGCUCAUAGGUACGAAGAAGGAUCUUAGUCUUCGACGACGUAGUUUACGAAGCCCUCAAAUAUUCUCGGAAUAUUUGUAGCACACCUCGCAUUUCACGAUACGAGAACAGCCAAAUGGACAACGUGACGCGCGAGAUUUCGCUCAUCUUUCGGAACUAUUAUUCAAAGUAUUUCUUAUUAUUGUCGCGAGCUCGCGUAAUCACGAUCGUUUCAUUCUUUAUUUUUUCGAUUUUGAAAGAAGACAAAAGAGAAAAAAUAAGAAGAAAAUGGUUAUAAUUAUAUAAUGUAUCGGGCGGACUCUGGAAGUCACGCGAGACAAAUAACGAAAUUGGCAUUCGAUUAUCGUGAAGAGGGUGCCGACGUGCUCGUUCUUCAUCGCCAUCGCGAACAGUCCCAAAUACAAUGAUGAGAUUCGAGCUCCGAUUAUCGAUCGCGAAGUAACAAUCGUUUUAGUUUUCUCUCGCACUUUGAGUUUCAGCGUUGAACGUAUGAACUCACGAAAACUUAUGUGCCUGAGAAAAAGAACGUCGAUGUUUCUGGAAUCAUUGGAAAAAGCUCCACCUGCGAAACAACAUCUGAUUUAAAAAAAAAAAACAACAACAACAAUAAAACACCUGGCCGAAGCAUAAACGUGAAACAAUGAGAAAGAGAGGAAAAGAGAGAGCAAAGGAGAAAGAAGAAUGGAAAAAGAGAUAAAAAUAACGAGAUAACAGCAGCAACAACAGGAGCAACAACUAACGACGGAACACACACACAACCUUAUUACCUCAUUCAUUACGAUUAAAGAUUUAAAAUAUGAUAAAGUAAAGUGAAAUGAGAAUGGAAUGAUAAAACAAAAACCAACUAAUCUAAAAAGUCUACCUAAUAUUAAAGUUAUUAAUGGAUAUACAGAGAAGUUGAGUAACGAAUACACAUUACGUUAUCACCUGUUACUACUACUGCUACUAUACUAUUAUUAUUACUACCAAUACUACGACUAAUACUAUUAUUAUUAUUAUUAUGAUUAAUACUUAAAAUACCAACCAAUUCUUCUACCAUUAUCGAGAACGAAUAUCGUUUAUUCUUCUCUUUCUGUAUCCUUCCCCCCCCCCCCCCUCCUCCCCCCAUACGAAAGUAGCUUUUUCUUUCUCUUAUAUGAAAAAAAAAAAACAAAAAAAAAACAAAAAGAAUAUACGAAUGAUAACAACAUUUGCGCCAGACGCGAAUACUUUUUUCUCUUGUAAUGAGAGAACAGAAGAACACAGAACACUCUCUCACACACACGCGCACGCGCACACACACACACACACACACACACACACACACACACGCACACACACACACACGCACGCGCGCGCGACACACACACACACACACACAGAACAAACGUUAACGUUCUAAACGAGAGUGUAGGAGUGACGUAGUCGAGCUUCACGAAACGGUUCUAUUACCCAUGCGCCGUUUAUAAUACCAAAGAAACGAUUACGAUUUUGUUUUGUCGUAUUAAAAAGUGAAGUGAAAAACAAAAAAGAAAAAAAACGACGACUUCGCCUCGUUGUUUCUCAUUUUGGUCGCGAAAGUUAAUGCGGCCCGCGAAACGUCGCUGCCGAACGGUCAAAAUCGCAGCCGCGAUUCGGGAAGAGUGACGGGACGAAGAGCGAGAGAAAAAUACACGAACAUUUCACGAGAUUGAAUAUAAGAGAGGAAAAAACAACGCGAUUAAAUGCUGUUGGUGCUACGCGAAAUAAACAGAACGUGGGGAGGUUGAAGCGUAGUAAAAAAAAAAAACACAAAAAAUAUUCAAAAAGUACAUGAAUUAAGAAGUAAAAGGGAAAGUGUGGGAGAUGAAAAAAAGACGGUCGAUAUACCAGCCACGCAACUUUUUUCAGGGAUUAUUACUUUAACCACGAAUGUAAUGGUGUGUGUGUGCGUGUGUGAAUGCACGCGCGCGCCCGCGCGCGUGAUCGUUGUUGUGUGCGCAGGUGUACAUGUGCGUAAGCGCGUGUGUGUGUGUGUGUGUUUGUAUGCGCGUGUGUGUGGUUGACUGAUAACUAUUAAAUGAUAAGUAAUUUCAUAGAUUUCGUUGAUUUAAGCACGGAGCGGAAUGAAAAUAAGUAAAGUAACGCGAGAGCAAAAGAGACAAGCGAAACGAAAGGUCAGGCCUUCGAGUGUUGCGGCUACGUCAACGGGUGAAAUUCGACAUUGGCCCUUGAGUGACGAAUUAACACGUGAAAAUGUGUAUGUGAAAAACAAUGAAGAUCAGAGAAAGAAAUUGACGAGUAUCGUGAUAAGAGCACACGAUCGAACGCUCGUACUUUACGUUCGUUCGUCGAAACGUUGAUUUUUGGAUGUAACCAAAAAAAACCAAAUAUCGAACUGGCAAAAGGACGAAAAGCAAAAAAAAGAAAAUAAAGAAAGGGGGAAAUGGAAAAAACGUUUUUUCGACGAGAGCUCCCGAUAUCACGGGCAGGCUAAGGCUCUCGGCGAUUCCGACGAGAACAUACUCUCUCGUCGAUACGUUAUUUCGCAUGCUCACCAUGUUCCAGUCGAACCAGUUUAAACGAGGAAAGAAAAAUUUUCUUUUUUCUCUUUAUACUCACCCCUUCGAGCUUCACGUACUUUAUCAUUUGGUAAUUUACGCGUAUCAUGGAAUACAUGCGACGAAACAUUGCAUUCAGUACAAAUAUAACCACGUGAAACUAAGAAUUUAGUGUGGAGAGUAGAAAAGUGCGAAAAAAACAAAGCUACAAAAAAAAAGAACGAGGGGAAUAUAUAAACUUGCGUACAAACGACCGAAUUGGAAAAUGUGUGUCAUGUGCGUAAAGAUUCCACGUUAUCAUCGCCGAUGGCGAGUUGGAAACGAUUGAUGAAGAACGAGGAACAAAAAGCAGGGGUAAGAAUUUUAAAAAAUGUAUUAAAAGAGAGAGAAAGAGAAAAGAAUCAAAUACGAAGACGGCAAAUCUUUUUGGAGAAGAAGCUAAGCUGCUUACGAACAAAACGGAGUAAAGAUACAUGAAGAGUGGGAUUGAAAAAAAAAGAAGUAAAAAAAGAAAAAAAAACAAAUAAGAGUAUAAGUUUAUUUUUGAUACAUUGUUGGGGAGAUCUAAGUAAAUCUUUCUUUUUUUUCAUUUUUUUGUUACAUGUUUUAAUAACUUAAUGAAUUUUAAUGAUAUUAAGGAGUGUCGAGAGGUCGAGAGAGGUGCGAUUAAUGAGAGGUGAAAUUUUUAAUAUAAAUAAGGAUACGGAUAAAACGGAAAGAAAAACGUGAUCGGAGGGAAAGAAGAGAGAGAGAGAGAGAGAGAGAAAGAGACGGAGAGCGAUAAAAACGUGAGAAAAAUGCGAUGGUUGGUUAUUUCACGAGAAAGAUGUUUGAGGUGAGAUAUGAUAAAUAAAAAUAAAAAAAGUGACAAGAACAAAAAAAGGGAAAUUCGAAAGAAAGAAAGGAGUAAGUUAAACGCGUAGUUUUUUGCACUGCGACGUCAGGAACAAAGGAGAUUUAUAGUCGGAUUAAAAUUGUAUAAUAUAUUUAAUAUAUUUCGAGAUACGGCGGUGGUGCAAAGUGACGUUUUGGAAAGAGACGUAACGUUGGUAAAAAAUAAGUUAAAAAUAUAAUUUACCGACGCAAGGAAUUCGACGACAGCGUAAAUUUGGGCUCGGAGUUUUAUGCGACGCAAAUUUACGGUGUCGAAGUUUUCCUCGUGUCGUAUUAAGAACUUGGUCCCUCUCCUCUACUUCAUUUCAACCACUUCCGAAUUAUUUAUCAAGCGUAAAUUAUUAAAUGAAAGAAAAAACAAAUAAUAUGGAGAAUAACGAAAGUGCCAAGGUUUACACACACACACACACGCACACACACACAAUUCCACAGAGACAGAAUUCAAAGCUAAUAAUCGAACAUAAAUAAAAUAAAUAAAUGAAACGCCAAUGAUUGCGUAAGUUUUGUCAACAUUCAUGCAAACAUUUUUCAAUAUUAGAAGUACCGAGGAAAAAAAAAAUUCAACGAUUGAAGAAAAAAAUAAUAGAAUGCACCACCAGAUUGAAAAACUGAAUUUACGCUCUUUAGAGACAUUUUACUCUCCUUUUUCCAGCAAAAAAAAAUAAACGUCAAAAUACUUUCGUUCUUUCGAUAACCAUACUUAAAUUUCGGCCACAGAUGACCGACUAAAAAGUAAAAAAAAAUGUUUAAUAAUUAAAAAAAAAAAAAAAGAAAAAAAAAGAAAAGAAACCAUAAACAUCGCUCUUUCACAUUCAUUAGUCGCAUGGAAGAAAAAUUUAAAUGAUUAAAAUUUUCUCCGCCCACUCACGAUUCAACGAGCCUUUUUACCAUUGAAUAAUGUUUCAAUCAUUGUGAAAACUCGAACCGAAAAAAAUGAAACUAUAAAUAACAUUGAUAGAGCGAAAAAGAUACAAACGUAAAGGAUUUUUCGGUUCUGAAAAUUCAUCAAAGAUGGAAAAAACAAAAAUAACAACUCCGUAUGAACAAAGCGUUAAAUCGAUCGCAAUCUCACACUUUCUAAUGAAUAAAAUCGCUUUUCUUUUUUUUGUAUAACAUACGUACCCUUCGACUUUUUGCUUGCUCAGACUUUUCAAGCUUAGCAGACAAAAGUAUAAUCACAAGACGAGGAAGGAAAAAUGUAACGAUUGUAACUAUAAUGAAAGACACAAAAAUACGAAGACAUGGACCAAAUACAAGCAGCCAUCGUCAAACAAACCAGAAGAUACGAAGAAACAUAAAAAGAGAUAUAUGGAAAGAGACGCGUUGAAAAUAUAAAACAGAGAACAGAUAAAAUACAUAAGAAGGUGAAGAAGAAAGAUGGAUAGCCCGACUGGAAUCAAGAUUUUAUUUUCCGCGUUAUCUUUUUUGGCCAUUUCCACACCUGGUGAAUAGCAUUUCGGCUCAUAAGCGCGAACGAAAGCUAUAGAGAGAGGUAGUGACUGCUGGAGUGGCCUUGGCGAGAGGGGGACGUAGAAAUGAAAAUUAACGCGUGUAGCUUUACGCGAUAAAACCCUCGACCCUCGCACCCAUGGAGAAGAAUGUACAAAUCAAACUCAAUACGAGAGAGACAGUUAAGAGUGUGAGAGAGAGAGAAAGAGAGCGAGAGAGAGAGAGAGAGAAAGGAAGUAAGAGAUGAUGAUAUGGAGUAAGAGAGAAACAAAAAAAUGCAGAGAAAUUAUUAAUAUAAUAAUGAUAACUUAAAGAUUUUAAAGUUAUUAAAUUAUUAAACUCGUGGGAGUGUAGUAAAUGAGAUUGGUAGGAAAGAAUGAAAAAAAAAUGGAAACUUUGAGUAGUAACGGUAAGGAUACCACAGACAAAUGUACAAAAAAAUCGAGUAAUCCCUAAAUCUUAAAUGUUAGUAUCUUAAAAGUAUUUAAUUCACGCGCGAGAUGUUUUUUUUUCUUGCGCGCUCGGUCAUGAAGGGAGGACAUGUUUUUUUUUUUUUUUCUUUUAUCUUUUUUUAUUUUUUCUUCAAAAUAAUGAAAAGCCGUAGGAGUUGGAAGAAAAAAAAGAUUCGUUCGAAGGCGAAACAAAAACCGAUGUACCAAACCGUGCUUAAAAGUGCUCGAAAAAUCAGCCUGAUCGAAGAAAUUCAUGGUGGAAUUUCGAUACAUAAAAAAUAUCGAAACCAACGACGAAACAGAAAUUUAUUCGUUCAAGCACGUCGUAUCCGAUGACAGGACUCAACAGUAAAGCGUCUAACGCGUAACCGCUACGCGAUUCGCAUAAUAAAACAUAAAACGUUGAAAAAGCAUGCAUUGAACUUUGACAACCGCGAUCAUCCAUGGUAUAUGAUUUAUGAUGAAGGAUCAAACGCAUUAAUGAUUCAUGCACAUAUUACACUCAUGUUAAUCGGGAUAGUAACGAAAGCGAAUUCGUUUCCGCGCGGAGUUCACGCACACAAAUAAUUACCAAUAUUUAUCUGUCGUUAAUUAUCCCGGCAGAGGAGAAACAAUCACAAGAGAAGACAGUGCGUAUGCGCCUACGCGUGUAUGCAAUAAUGCAUAUCAGAGCAUAAACGCACCGCUGAUCGCGGCCCUUCGGUACCACGAGAGGUUGCACGAAUAAUCGUCCUCCAUUGUGAUCGGCGAUCGGUGUCCUAAGCCAACACUAUAAUUAUCCCGUUAAAACGAAAACUUGUUCGUUUGGGAUUUGCGAGAAAACCAGCACCGUUGACUCAAAACUAACUCUCAUUGUUCACACUGUGAGCUACAUGAGAAAAUAUGAAAUUGGUGAAUAAUCGUUAAACAAUGUUGGACGGACGAAGGACGAACAUUAUUUUCAAUUCCAUGACCGUUCGUUACGAUUAUUCCAUAAAUAUGUACGUUUGUAUAAACAUAACUAUAGACACACACUCAAACAGGCAAACACACGCACCAAUUGAAUGUUUAAAUAUCAACGCUCCAUAAGCAUUGCAUAGGAAACGCGAAGAUGAAAAAAGUAAUAAUUAUUGUGCUAGGGACACACAAUUUCCGUCUACCUCCGUUGUAUUAUCGACGGCCGUGGCCGUGGCCGUUGGAGAUAGUUAUUAAUGAGAUAUAGAGAAUAGUAAUUAAUAGUGAUAAUACGUGAAACUUGGGGCGACAUAACGAUGUGAUCGUCGUGCGUGUACGCGGAAGAUUUUUCUUUCUUUUCUUUUUUUCAAUUUUUUGUUUUUUUUUUUUGUCUUUUGAUAGCGACGACGAUUGUCGAUGAUUGUUGUUGUUAAAGGAUUCAGAGUAAAGUUCGAAGCACGUUGCAAUUUGCGGAUAAUGUACAAACAAAGAAAGAAACAAAACAAAAUUGAGAACUGGAGUAAGGAAAGAUAACGAUUUUGGGCUUUAGUAUUGGGACUUUCGGAAAAAAUAAUCACGCGACAAUAGAGGAAAUCACGUUUCAUACAAAGAGGGGUUACGGGAAAAAAAAACGAUUCAUUAUAAAUAUGCUGCCGAAUAAAGUUCUGUUCAAUGUUACGAAAGUAUAACGAUUGAUACAACAGUAUGGUACAAAAAUCGAAUUUUAAAGAUAGCCGCGUGAUAAUUCGAUGAAAUCGUGUACGCGUCGUAAGUUUCGUUAUUGCUCGUACAAUAGUAAAAGAAAAUUUAAAAAAAAAAACAAAAAAAAAUUAAUUAAAAAAGUGCGGAACCGCCGAAAUUCGACGAGAGAAUUGACAGAAAAAAAAAAUUUUUUUUAAAUACGUAAGAUGACAGAGAAUUAGAUCCGCGGUGUGGAAAAAAGAGAAACGAUAAACAAACAAAUAAAACGUGGGCCUUAUUGUAUACAGUUGGGCAUUGUUGUUAUGUGAACGGUUUCAAGUGAUAUAUCAAUAACAGAUAAUAUAUCAGAUAUGUGGAGUCAGACUAUUCGAUACGGCGACAAAUACGUUAGUUGAACGCAUUCUCUCUCACACGUGUAAUUCAUGAGAUUAGUGGGAUUAAAAAAAAAAAAAAAAAAAAAAAAAAAAAAAAAAAAAAAAAACAUGGAGAAUAUUGGAUUUGCUGUUAUUUACACUGAUAAGAAUGAAUCCGCACUGAUCGAAUCGAGAGCAGAAUGAUAAAGAGGCAAGAGAAAUACGCCAUGAGAAUUUUUCGAGAUCUAUAGUUUGAGGAACCAGUAGGAAAUAACGAGUGAUUCGAUGACCUCAAAAGAUCGCGUUGCCGGAAGUCUUAAUAUAUAUUAUCUAUUAUUAUCUUAUUGUUGCCAAUGAUGGGCAUUAUGAGAAAACCGCACGGGUAUGUAACUUAUUAUCUACGACGAAUGUCAUCUCAACUCCUUCGACUCCCCUACAACCCCGUCACACCCCCUUAUGUACAUAUUAACUCUACAUUUACCUCAUAAUUAAUUUAUGUUCGGAGUAUAGGUAUAUGUGUAUGUGUGUACAUUCGAAUAAUCGUUUGUUUGUGCACGUGCAUAUAUGGAUACGUAUACGAUUGUUAUGAGUUUCCUGAAUCCUGCCUUAACGGUAGCAGAAAACGGUUUGCUUAAUCCACUUCUGCUCGAAGGUAAAAACAUCAAAUGAAGAAACGAUGGAGAGCAUAGUGACGAUAAACACAAUCGAGAAAAUGAUUUUUUCGUGAUUAAUACUAAAUCCCAAAAUAAAGUGAUUUCGUUAUUCUGACCGGUUCACGAAUACUUCAAAAUCAUCGAGAUUUAUUAAUCCUACGCGCUCGCGUAAAUAUUCAAUUUAAGGAAAAACCUGCUGCCACGAGUACUGAACGAAAAAGAAUCUUUUUUCCCAUUUUCUUCACUGUUUGUGUAACGCUCCAUUUUUCACGCAGUCGAGCAACAACGGCGUGGAAGAAAAUUUCUCAAACGCUAAAUACUGAGGUCAAAAAUCUAAUGAUUAUUGUUCGCGUUACACUUGUUUUUCUAUUUUCUUUAUUCAGAUUUGCAAUAAUUGUAAUAUCGGGUGAGCACGAAUUUAUCGAAAAAAGACUUCUGCAUCGACGGGUCCUGGACGUGCAUUUUCCUUCGAUUUUUUCAAAAUCAGUUUGCUUUAUUAUAUUCACUAACAGUUACGGUCGUAUUUAAGAGCUUCAUUAUUUUUAAUCAUUCAUGAUAAAUCAUUAUGAAAAAUAUGAAUUUCGGUGGCCGGGGGGAAAUCGGGAGAGGAAAGCGCGAGAAGAAACUAAAACAGAGUGAAGAGAACGAAAAAAAACAUUCUUUCCAUAAUUCAGACACAACCGUGACCAUGAAAUCUUGAUCGCUCUCGGUAAAACUACAUUGAAAAAUGGAUCCAGCAAAGAAACAAGAGAAAUUCAAGAUUCAGUACUUGAAACGUUCUGUUUCGGACUCCCGGAAAAUAAUUCCACAUGCACGAAUAAUGGAUUACGAAUUAAAGAAGCAAAGAAAAAAAACGAUACAUAAGCUACCAAUAACGAUGGCUCAAUCGCGAUCUGUGUGAGUUACAAAAUGGAAAAAAAUAAUAAUAAUAAUUACGGAUAAAGCUUGAAACGCGAGCGGUUCGACCCAGCACAGCGCUUGGGCGGCCAUGGAUCAUUAAAUAUUAAACUGUAUAAUGUUGGUUGCAUGCAUACGAAAUAAAAAUAAUAAUAAAGAUAAAAACGUAAAAAAAAUAUAGUAAUGAUAAUAAUAAUUCUAAAAUAAUGAAAACAGGUGAAUCCCGGCAACAACGCCGAGGUCGACCCAAACUUAAUCGUCUAUCGAUACAUAAUAAUUGAUGCUUAUGAUUUUCUGUUCUUUUCUUGAUUUUUUUCUUCUUUUUUUUUUUUGUUUUAUAUAGAAGUUGCGCAUACGCGUCGGAGACAACCUCCGCGCUGGCAUUAGCCUCGUAAAUGCCACGUUUUUUUCCCCUUCAUUUUUAUAUUUUUGUUUCUUUUUUUUUUGCUUCGGGAUCAGGAUUCUGGUAAUUUUCGUCGGAUAAAAUUCAAAUGGUUUUUUUGGUCCGAUCAACUCGCGAUCGAUACAAGAUUGAAAAAAAAAGAAAAAUAAAAAAUUAAAUAGAAGCGACUCAUGAAGCAUCGUCCUCGAAAACGUGUGAUACAAUUCCGCACUCAAUCUUCGUUGCGUCCCGAUCUUAAACGAUAACGGACGAAUUAUUUGGAAAUGAACCGACGAUUUAUUAACCAGUUUCGCGACCCGCAUCUAAUAUAUUUCCACAAUAAUCAAUUCAUUUUUAUUUUUUGUCUAUGUUUUAAUUUACUUUAAUUGCUACUAUUUCUACUAUAACUCACUACUUUACGAGCUACUAGUACGAUUUUUUGUUGUGUCUUCGAUUAUUGAUGAUUUAACGACUUUAUCACAAAUUCAAUGAUGCAUUUAUCUUCCUACUAUACUUGGAUUUGAGCUCAUAUUUCGAAAGUAUCGGCGCAUCUGAUAUUUUAUCCCGACGGGAAAUAAGAUAUAAGUUUUCUCUUUUUUAUUUCAAGGAUUCAACGCGUGAUGAGAUUACCGAUCUGAAGGAUUUGAGCGAGAUUUCUUUUUAAAACAUUGAAAAAUCGUGAAUGCACGAAAUUUGUCAGCACGGGAAUACUUUUUGGUUAAUCUUACUUGAAGCAUCGUGCAUCUUUUUUUAGUUAUUAUUGUUUCGUAACUUCAUUUCUCAUUUUCUUCCUUUCCUUGUUUCUCUCUCUCCCCCUUCCUCUUUCUCUAUUUCUCUCUCUCUCCCUCUUUAAUUUUGACCUACACACAUGGCGCAUUGAAUUUUCGAAUACAAAACAUGCAACUACGGCAUUUUUUUAGCAAAUAAUGUUUAAAGAUACUACAUAUACGGAUAAUCAUUAAGUACACACUUCAUAGAAAUUAAACGAAAACAAAAAAAAAAAAACAAAAAAACAAAAAAACGAAAAACACAUAGGCAUUAAGAGAAGAAAGGUACAGCCGGCGACUCGCUCCAGAUUCAAAAUUGAAAUAAAUUUUCAAUCGAAAACUUAAAACCUCUGGACAUCUAUUUUCCUCAGAAAAUUCAUUGGCUAACUUUAAAAGCAUUUUUGAAUCGUUGUUCUGGAGAGGGAAUUCUCCGGCUGGAAAGAAAAAUAAGAAAUGAUGAAAAUUCGGGUUUAUUAAAUCUACGCGAAAGUGAGGAAUUGCCGUACGAGAUCUAGAAUGAAAAAUUAUCGCUCGGAUUCAAAAAAUGUGCACGUCGCGCGGAGAAGUGAAGAAAAAACUGCCGGAUCAAGAGAUAAAAAAAAAAAAAAAUAAAGUUGACAGACAACCAUAUGAUGCCGCAGAGAAUUCGAAUAUUUUACAUCUCAUUCGAUCUUACGUUUUUUUCUUCGAAAUUCACUCGAUACUUCAAGAAAUAGCAAAAAAAAAACUGUACAUUAUUAUAUCGACAUGUAUCACACCCCAUUUGCAUGAUAUAUUUUUUUUUUCUCUCAAGUGAAUGAAAGACGAUUAACAUUUACAAAUAUUUCUAUGGAUAUAUGAACGUCCAUGUGCAUAUACAAUUAAUGAUACAGCCUACAGUCUUUCUUCUCGAAAACCGACGAUAUAUAGUUAUAUUAUAGUUACAAACGUCGCGUAUGCGAUUAGAAGAAAACAAAAUCACAAGUGCAAUAGUUACCCAAUAGAAACGGAUUAAAAACGCGAUUACGGCCUCUGCUUCAUCAUCGGAUAUGAUAUUGAUCGGUGUCAGUGAUUGGUAGAGAAGAGAAGAGAAAAAUAAAAAUUGAAUAAGCAUGAGAAACAAAAUACGAAGUGAAAAUAUAAUGCCGAGAGAGUCUCGAAUGAUGAAGAAUCAAGGGCGGAUAUCUCGCGUCCACAAACUACCUCGCAAAUUUUUUCAGCCUGUAAAUGUUAUAAAUAAACGUACUUUCACAAUGUAUUUAUUAACUGGAAGGAAAAACUACGCGCAAGAUCAGAGAUUCAAUUCGAAGCUCACUUCCAUUACUUUUCAAUAAUGUUUUUCUUUACCGUUGAACAAAAAAAAUGAAUAAAUUUAAAAAAAAAAGAAUAUUUUUCAUGCGAAUCAUAACGAAUUAAUGAGUGAAGCGAAAACGUGCAUUGGCAUACAAAUUGUGGUAGCGGUGACGCAAUAGAGCCUCAAAACUGCCUAUAUACAUAAACAAUAAACGAAUACAUUUUAUAUCGAUACGCAAAGACAUAAGCCAUUGAAUUUUACGUAUUUAAACAAACCGAAAUUGCAGAGCACAAAAAACCAAUGGGAAACGGCUCGAUUAACUCACUUAUGAAUUUAUAUACAAUGUCACAUUCGUAAUACACAAUCCUACCCAAUAAUACUAUUGAUUUUAAAUAUAUUGGCUUUUUUCAGGUAUUUUUAUAACACAAAAAUAAUACAAAAAUAAUCAUUCGAUACACGAAUAUAUACAGUAUAUAAUAAUACAAGAAUAUGAAUAAACAGCACGGAAAUAAUACUUAAAAAACAUUGAAUAUUAAUCAAUUGUAAUAACCCUGAAUCAAUGUUGAAAAUAACUUCAUGUGGCGAUCAAUCAUCAAUCGGUUUCAAACGAAACGAAAAAUGUGAGCAAUUUAUUCAUACGAACGAAUCACCUUAAAUCAGUAUAAUCAUACAUAACAGUAACGAUUGUGAAAUAUAUUACGAUGUUCGUAAGGUCUUACGAGAACACUGCGUUUCUUCGUACUCUAACAACACGAUCUCUCCUCAUUCCCAAUUCAUGUGACACAUUUGUAUACUGUUCGUAUAUUUCUCAUCAGUCAAUCUGAUAUUUCGAUAUCUCAUCGCGAACUUCAUUACUUCGAAUAUUUUUGCGGAAAAGUAUGAAACAAGUAUCUAAAGAUUCAUCGAAUUUUGAGAUUGACUGAAACCUGAAAGAGAACGCAAAUAGAGUCAUGAAUGAGAGAAUAAUGAGAGCGAAUAAUCUGUUAUAUUUCGUCGUACGCCGGUCGCCUUAAGAAUGAUCAUUUGUGACGUUUUCAUCGAUAAAAGGAUCGAUGGAAAAAAAUUUGAACCCAAAAAUCUUAAUCCUUGCAUUUGAAUGAAUACUUGAUGAAAUUCCAUCACGCGCGUUUAAAUAUUCAGUGGUAAUGUGUCCAUUUUUUUUUCCGUCGAUCAUUUUGGCGUCCGGUGUUUAUCGACGAUUUUGUUAUACAUAAUGCCGAAAAGAAAAAUGGAAGAAAAAAAAAUCUGUUACUUUUUGUCCUUACAUAUUAGUGUUAAAUAGAAAAUGGAAUAGUAGAGUUGCCGUUGUGUUUUACAUUUAUUCUGAUGAUAUGUGAUGAAAGCGAGCACGACGAAGUGAGAAGGUUUGAAGAUUCACAAAUGAUAAACAGCUACUGAGAAUCGAUAAUGGAAAAUCAAGUCCCGGCGAUCCGUCGUUUAUUUCCGAUACGGUCGUGUGUCCUUUUUUUUAUUUUGUAACGAGUCCGGAUUCUUGCGAUCGAGGGUGUUCAAGGAAACUUCACUUUUUUGGCCAUUGUCAAGAGAUAUCGAUAUUUAAAAAAAAAAAUCUACGUCAUAACCGUGAGAGUUUUGCGUUUUCCUUUUUCAAACUUAUCGAUGUGUCCGAAUAUUAGAACAAACGUUCGAUCGCAAAAGCAUGAUCCGGGCCUUCGCGAGAAAGGGCAUUGUAAAACUUUAUGCAAGUUUUUACAUUUAUACAUAAAUACAUUUAUAUACAUAUAUUUAUAUAUUAAAAUACGUUGUCGCAUGCGAGACAAAAACGGAAAACAAUUCCUCACCGAAGCGAACAUUUCGUGAGCCCCGACAGUUUGAAAAAUACACAAAUUAUUAAAACUGUGUAAUCCUUUAAUAAAGUCUAUCGAAUGUAAAUGCGUUAAACUAUUAAGAGAAAAAAAAGCAAAAAAAAAAAUUAAGAAAAAUGUGCCGCCACCGUUAGCCAUUAUCAAAUAAGCAAAGAGAGUAACAACUUUUACCACUGUAAGUUUCGAAAAAAAAUGAAAAAAAAAAAAACGUUUUCCUUAAGAAUAAAAGAAUGAAAAAAAAAAAAUAUAUACAACUGUAUGUGUUUAGAUGCUAAAAACGAUCGAAACGAGACAAAACAAAAAGGGAACAUGUAAAACUACACCCACGUGCAGAUUGCAACAAUUUUAGUCUCCUGAAAUCAUAGAAAGGGUAUAUAUAUAUAUGUAUACAAAAAGUCACGCAUAUAUAUAUAUCCAGUUGAACGGAGGGUUUUUUGAGAAAUGAAAAAACGAAAAAUUAAAUAUUCAGAAGAUCGAGUCCUCCAUAAACUUUUGUCUUGUCGCGAUUGGCCGAAGUUGAAUAAUGAAAAGCGAAAAGAAAAAAUAAUAAUCAUUAUUACACCUAUCACUUUUGCUUGUUUUUCGUAUUUUGGCACUGCUUGCUGUAUUGAUUUCAUUAAAAAAAAAGAAAUUUUUUUUUUUAACUUUAUUUUAAAUCUCUUAUCAUCCGAAAAUGAAUACGAACAAAAAAGGACUUACCGAGGAUUGGCAGACACGCUGAAAAUGACAUAUUGACGCGAAUGGAGUUCUGAAAAAAUCAGUCAAUGGGAAUAUCGAGACUGAAUGAACAAUCGAUUGAUACUCAUCGUCUCAAACGCUCCAUUCAUUUUCCUCUAUCUGCCUUUCUCUCUCCGGACCCGAAGAUAUAACAAAACAAAAUUUCACAUACCCCAGCACGACGAUCGGUUCGAUUAUGUGAGUGGGAAAUUCAUGUACUCCAAUUCAGUAUACGAACUUUUCCCUCAUACUCGGAAUAUUGAAAUGAGAAAUAAUAAAUAAACCGUACCCAAACUGACAAAAUUCACGCGAUGACGAAGGGAAAAAAACCAGUUUAUAAUGAAUUUAUGUAUAACGUUCAAUUGAGGAUUGUAUGUAAUUGUAUAUAUAUGAGUACAAUGCAGUCCAUGAGUUAUUAAGAUACAUUCUCCUUUUUCUACCACGAAGAAAAAAUAAAUUAUUCUAGUUAAUAAAAAAACAAAGUGCGUCCUUUGA